GAGUCGUUUAUAAAAAUUUCUCAAGAAUUGUAAUUUGUUCCUCUAUCGCUAAAUAAUUUUAUGCAAUACAUAUUCUUGUUACGGUGAUUUUGAACGGGUGUCUCAAAAACUAAAACCUAAGACCUCAAAAACUAGGACCUCGUAAUCUAAGACCGAGAAAAAUUGGCAUAUUGAUGGACUAGAAGGUACUUGAGGUCAGUUUUUCUUGUUGGGAUUAGUUGGCGUCUAGCUUAAAAGCGUCAGAGUCAAAGACUUUUCAUCGAUAAGUUUUCAAGGUCUUGGUUUCCGAGGUCUAAGGCCUUCGUUUUCGAGACACCUCAGGAAAAACUAUGCAAAUGAACUGACGAAGAAUCAAUAAAACACUCGAAUUGCAACACAAUGCAUAAUUACAAAAAGAUAAAUUUUCCUUUUGUUUUUUUCGUCCGCCACGUCUAUGCUAGCUAUUAUGACUCGUCUGUGAAGCACUGUUUGUUCAAAACCACCGUCAACGUUGCGAUCUACGCCUGUUUAGCUUCCUGUUUUCUACUCAACCUUCGUUCGAAAAAAAGAUUCGAAUUGCUAUAGAUUAAUUACGGAAACGUUAUUGUGCGACUGGAAAUCAGAUAUUUCAAUACGAUCUAUUAAUAAGCAAGAGCAGGAAUUUUAUUGAAAUGCAGCAGGACUCCGGCGUUCCUUCGAUUGCAAAGCUCAAUGUCGGCGGUCACUAUUUCACAACAAGCCUUCAAACACUAACAAAGGAUCGAAACUCAAUGCUGGGCGUCAUGUUCUCAGAGAAAUUUGAUAUGAAACCUGCUGAAGACGACGCUUUCUUUAUCGACCGAGAUGGAACUCACUUCCGCUUUAUACUCAAUUAUCUUCGCACUGGAAAAUUAACUUUGCCUGAAGGAGUAACAGCUCUCAACGAACUACAGGAGGAGGCUGAGUUUUAUCGGAUUAAAGGAAUGCUGGAUGAAUUGAAAUUCAAUUCAGAAAUUCUAACGAAUAACGAACGCCGAGACUUAUUGUUAGGGUGGCUUCCACCCCAGAAUACAGAGAAGAGGCUACGACGCCUUUGUCUGCUUUUCCGCGCUUCUCGAGAUGGCUUUUUGGCGUCAACGUUUCACUCCAAAUGCGACAAUAAGGGACCCACGAUCACUAUUGUUCAGAGUGAGGAAAACAUAUUUGGUGGAUUCACUGAAGAGUCUUGGAGCAGUUUGGCGGUUUUAAUCCAGUGUAAGACGAUCCAAAAUCCGCUGGAAAAAUGUUUGGAUAUUGUUUACCGUACAAGAUGGCACAGGGACCCUGCAGUGAAAAUUUCUGAGGAGUCCAGUGAAACGAAAACCUUUUGGAUGAUUCCGCUAUCAUAUGAGUGA